UCCGGGGCCCCUUCGAGAGACUCCGAGACCCUUGUAAGCCCGGGAUCAGCUUUGCCCGAGUUAACAACGUCCAAAGCUGCAAAAAUAACUUGUCAGCGGCACCAUAUUUAACAACAUGUUAUGACCUAGCGACACGCGCGUCCCAUCAAGACUUGACGUACGUCUGCCCACUACCAUUUUCCGUGUCCAGUUUUCCCGUUUGUUUCACAAUCACUGUUACAUUGGACUGUCGUUUUUGGAGUUAGAAUUCUACUUUACACUUGCCAGUGCUGCAUCGCUGGGUAAAAAGGGGAGAACUCAGGUCGAUGCAGGUGUCAUACAAAGAACGAGAAAAAUGUCACGAAGGAAAAAAGAAUGAGGAUUAGAACAUGUUAUGAGGGCCUCCAUGAUAUUCAGUUACAUUAAAAAAUAUUGACAACCAUUUGAAAGCUGACAGUGGAAUUUACUUCCUUGAGAUGUCGGAAAUCGUGGACUGUAUUGCUUUCAUCGUUCAGAAAGUAUGUUGGAGCCUCGGUGUUUGUGUGCUCUUUAUUGCCAAACGUUUUGCAGAUUUGUUUGGGUUAAUAUUCAACAUCCUUGCUUGUCUAACCAUUGUGAGACUACCCUUUAUGUUGAUGCAGUUCUAUCACAUGGACUCAAUGGCCGAAUGGCGAUAUGUGGGCUUUGUCCACUUUUUGUUCUUUCUGGUAGACAUACCAUUUAUUCUCAUGUUCAUGGUUAUGGUCUUGUUUACUGGGGGAUUAAUUCUUAUCCCACUUGUCCGUGAAUUCAAGGCAGAUGUUGAGUUUAAAGAUCUCACAAGGAAAGAGUGGGGAAUAUAUGGUCUGAAAGCAUUUGAGCUCCAUGCAAUCAUUGGAAAGAAUUUCUUUCGUCUCAUCUGCGACAUCUUGUGUGUUCCUUUGGCCAUUAUUUGUUUCUUCUCAUGGAGAUGUUGCAUUUUUGUCAAAAAACUUCGAGAGAAGAACUACAAGUGGAGAGACUUUGGAUGGAGAAAAACUUGUAUUAAACAAUUUUUACAACUCUUGGUCGAUAUUCCUUGCAUUUUGAUGGGUAUGCUGGUUAUGAUGACAUGGCGAGCCCCAUUUUUAGUCAGAAAUGUGAACGAGUGCCGGAUAAGUGGUAAAAUAUGGAAUCUAUGGAGAUUUAAGGUUUUUCCAGAAUUUAUAUUUAUUUUUGUUGAUUUUUUUUGCCUGUUGCUUUUUGUUUUAACCAUAAUAACAUGGAGAUUGCCUUUUUUGGUGCACAAGCUUUACCAUGCAGAGAAAAAACAAUGGGAGGUGCGAAAAAUCAUCGGUGAACAAUUUCUGUUGAUAUUUGUUGAUAUUCCCUGCAUUUUAUGUGCCUUUACUGUGUUCAUUACCUUAUGGAGAGUUCCCAACUUUAUCAGAAACUGGGAAAGUGACCAAUGGAAAACCAGGAAAAACUGUUUCUGUCAGAUGGGAUUGCUGCUUAUCGACUUUGUCUGUAUUCUGUUGUGUUUGGUUGUCAUGGUAACCUUGUGGAGAUUAUACCCUUUAAUUUGUGAUGUCAAGAAGUAUUAUUUGAGGCCCCAGAGGGAACGAUCCUGGAAAAUUCGAAAGUCCAUUUGUAAGAAUAUUGCUUUCUUGCUGAUAGAUUUACCAGCCAUAUUUCUCUGUCUUAUCAUAUUUGUUACAAUUUUGCGGUUUCCUAAGUUACUGUCCAAGCUUAUCCAGUCUGGUAAUUUCUUCCUGGAGUUUGCAAUGACAGUUUACUACGAGGCUGCCAUGUUGGUUGUGGACAUUUUCUUUGUCCUAUUGUUUGUGGUUCUGUUCUGCCUCAGGCCCAUCCAAAGCUGGGUCCAUCUGCUGGAAGACGAGGAACAUAAAAAAAAUCGCAUUCUGAAGCACUACAUGCAGUGGGUACCUGAUAUCCUAGAGAAGCGCUUCCAGAAUCGGAGAGAACUAGAAGGUAUCUUUUCUACUUGUUUAAAGAAUCGUUCACCUGAGGUAAAGCUCUGGAAUAAUCUUCGAACUGUCAAUGGAGAUUAUUUGGAGGAAUUGGAAUGGAUUCGAAACAAAGUGAGAAAAUACGAACUCGAUGAGGAAUUCGGAUAUUUGAUUGAUAUGGUCAAAUGGUGGGAGAAAAAACGGAUACACAAGCUGCUGCGCUUGUACAAAUGUGAAAUGAAUUUUUUGCUCCGCCGCAAUCUCUCCUCUCACAAUAACAACCUGGCAAAAUUUAGAAACGAGAUGUUGCGAUAUGAGAGUCACGUGACCGAGCAGUAUCGCGCCGUUGAAAAGUUCACCAUUCCUAAAGUGCCGCUGUGGAGUGAGGAAUGCGGGCUCAAGACGCGCACGCGCAGAGAGACUCAGCAAACUUUGAUCGAAUGUCUUCCCAGUGGACAAUUUUUCCUUUUGGUGCUUAUACUGUUGAAUUUAGCUCUGAUUUACCGCGGGCCCGCCUUGUUGAGGAACCUCUGCCAGCGUUGGUAUGACCGGAGGAACGCAGUGUUGAAUUCUUGUAAAGAAUAUUUUUGCGAUCUCGUGACCAUGUGUAGAAUUGUGUUGGUCUUGAUGUUCCUGUAUCGAGCGCCUUUCCUGAUUACCGACAUUACAAGAGACAUUGUUUUCAAACACAGUUGGCGCGCUGUUCGUGAGACGGUCAAAAGAUAUCCAGCCAUGAUCUUAGAGGACCUCGUCCAGCUGAUGCGUUUUUUUCUUAGCUGGGAGAGUGUGCGCUUCGUCUUCACUGCUUUUCUCUUUGGUCUCCUGAUGCCUGCGGAUUUAAUUUUGACCAUCAUGAAGUUUUUGUUUUCGAAGGACUGCGCGUAUUUCGUCACGGCUGUCUUGUAUGUGAUUUUCAUGGCUUUUCCGUUCCUCAUACCGUUUUACAUCAGCCAGAGAAUAGACUCUGACACAUUGACAGUCGUAAUCAGCGCAUUCGCUGUGAUUUUGUUGAUGGUUUUGGUGAUAAUGGUUGUCCUUUUGCUCAAGCAUAGAAAUCCAUCCAACAGACAAAUGCACGUUCAAGCAGACGCGCUUUUAAUUGAACCAACGCCCUACGACUACGUACGAUUUAACUGGACAAACAUUCACGUGAUCAUAUUUGAAAUCGUUGAGUUAUUACAGCUGUUAGCGUUAGUGUUCGUGACAAGUGAUCUACCGAUGCCUGGCGCAGACACUCUUAGCACUGCUUCUCAAUAUUUGCUUUUGAACUUCGCUUCUUUUAAUGUGAAGCUGUGGCUGACUUUCUUUAUAUUCAUAGUGUGGUUUUUCUGCUGCGGCGCGCCCGUAAUCUUGGAGAGCGUUCUAGAGCAUCUACCCAAGGGAUCAUGCGCAGGACACAUGGGAUGGACUUUGUUCUUGUCUCUUUUAGCCAACACCCUGUUUGUAACAAUUGUGGAGAGUUUCCUUGCCUUUGUAGCCUGCAAGACCAACGAUUGCCCUGAGCUUAAUGCGACUGUAAUCGCGAACAUUUCGAGGGGAAAUUACUGCGUACCCGUUGUUCUUAUCGAAGAACCUAGCAUGGAAUGCUGGGAAGGAAGCCAUAAGGCCAUCGCCUUCCUAGGCCUCCUGGGAUUGGUUUGGUACUCGUCCACUGCAAUCGUUUUUGGGACCAAAUAUGGCGAUGUAGAACACCCGGGCCAGGAUUUGAAAUUUUCUCCCGCCUACAACAUAUUCAUUAAUUUCGUUAAAGCGUUAAUGGUGGGUGCGGUCGUUUUGGCUGCGGAACAUCAUAUGAUCGUGUUGUCCCUGCUACUCGUGGCGAAUCUAGGUGCGAUUAUUUUCACUUUGACAUUCAGGAGGAUUUUCAAGUUUCAACUGUCAAAUUCUUUGGUGUUGAUCAUCUGGCGCGCAGUAAGUUUUAUUUGUGCUGCCCUCGCAGCUGUGGCAGCUCUUGUUUCUAAAAUAAGAAACGACCCCGACUCUCUUCUACCUCUUGUUAUUUUCCUCGGUGGCUGUCUUCUGGUGAUACUCGUCGCUCUCAUUGCAUCAAUUUACCUCAGAAAUCGAAGGAGAACUCCCGUAGAAGAGCAGCGCAGAACAUUCCGUCAAAAAUUACUGUCGUUGGAAACAAAAUUGGUUCAGGAAAACUAUAUGAUAAACUCUUGGACGAAAGGCCGCGCCCAAUGGAAAAGACUGGUGAAGAACGUUUACGAAGCACAGAAAGCUGACCGCUCCGUCUCCCCGUCAGUUUAUGCACACCUCCAAGUACCAGCCCUUCCAUUCCCUCCACCUCCCCUAGAGGAAGGACAGAUAGCUGAAGCAGAACCAAGUAUUUCAGCUUCCCUUCCCCCUCCCCCUACUUAUGAUGAUCUGUUUCCCAACAUCAUGGGACCAUACGGUGUUCCUCCCGUCCCUCCACCUCCAUAUACUGAAGGGAUAACAGACGAUGCGACUAUAGACGAGGGGAGAGAUGAUCCAACCCCCCUAGCACUACCCCCAGAGACUAAAGACGAGUCUGCAUCUGGGAGCCAGUCUUCCUCGGACGACUCGGUCACUAUUACGUUCACAGAUGCGGCACUAAACUUGGAAGCUGAACGAAAGCAAUUCAUUGGAUCAGGCACGCAUGCCCCACCCUAUUACACGGAUGAAGAAAUGGACACUCGAUAUGUGGAGCGGCAAGAUUCUGAGGACUGGAAGCUAUGGAAUAUCAACAGCAUGGAGUGCAAUGGCACAAAUCUGCUGCUCGUGCUGGAAGAGUACAUCCAUUAUUCUGCAUUCUCCUUCUCCUUCAUUCUUCAGCUUCCUCUGUGGCGUUCUGCCGUCAAAAAAUGUGACUGGCCUGGCUUGCUGCACUGCCUGACGGUCUUGGAGGGUAGCCUCACUGGAAAGUUUAACACUCCCACCGGAGUCGAUAUAUCGCAGGCUCACUUGAAUGUCCCCAUAUUUGAGCUUCACCCAGAUAUUGAUACAGAAGAACCGCCAUUUUACGAACCUGAAUCGCGAGAUCCCGAAGUAAUCCGAGCGCAGUCCGACCGUGAACGAUCACGCGCACUCGCCGAUGUGAAAAAUGUCGGCGAAUUCGGUGAACAGUGGGCCGAGCUUCUCGACAAACUUCUACCUACAAAACCGAUUACGAAAAACUGGGUAUGGCUUGAAGAGGUAGGUGGUUUCCAUGUUUACCUGCGAAGGCCCAUUGAAGGGACCAUAACGGAAGUGGGCCCUAAUGGAGUAAAGAUGGCUAGGGGAGCCUCGAUUGCGCUGCCAAAACAUAUCCAAGGCACAUUGUCAGAUACUAAAAUUACAUUUGAUAAGGGAUACGAGCCUAAAGGGAAAAAAGGGCCCGUUUCUGUUGCUGUUAGUGAGCUGGGACUCGUGAAAAUUGAUGAGAAACUGUACGUGACAGCUCAAGGAAAAAAACUGAGGUACGACAAAGCAUUGGAAAGUAUGAAGACUUUAACGUGGAAAUAAACUGUGCAAUUUGCGAUAGAAUUUAUGCGUGACGUUUGCGUGACGAAUGUUUGAAGCCUUACUUAGAAGUGUCAUGUAAGUCACGCCUUAUGAUCCGAGUGUUUGUGACCCGUCUGCGACUGUCACCGAAGCAACGAAUUUCGCCUUCAAAGGGAGUUGAAAUAAUUUUUUCCUUUCAAGGGAGUAAAUAAUCCUUUAUUACUUACAGCGGAUGACUUCCUGGAGUAAGUAUUAAAAUCACGAGGCAAAAGGUCAUCUCAAUUCCCUUGGGGAUUGAACUUUUGACCCUCACACCGAGAUCUAAUUAUUAGUUCUCCUUACUGUUUACCAUAAAAUUCUUAUAAUUUUAGUUCAGAGAAUGUAGUAUUUGAUCAAUAAAUAAAACCCCAAAGUAAUGUGUUUCUUUAUUCUCAUCACUAGUAUUCGAAAAAUGUCUAUAGCUCGCCUGUAUGUGUCCUAACCAGCAGAAACAUUUAUGCUGGUAGGAGCGGUAGUCCAAAUAUGGUAGACUGUUCUUACUAUUUCUUAUUUUAUCACUUACAUUUUUUUUUUCUGAGAAAAAUAAUGUACAGUAAUUUAGGAUUUUUAAAUAACGCAUUUUUUUAGAUUUUGAAGACUGGUUCGCCUAGAUUAGCACUUGCUCUCUGUCUGUCGGUCAGCCUAGCUGUAACUUUUAUUUUGAGAAUAAAGAAUAAAAUAAAAUGAA